AAUAUAUUUUUUAAUUAUUUAUAAAUUAUUUAAUUAUUAUCUGUUCACAGAGUAAUUUGAACAGCGAUGGCAAAGUCCCAACCUAUAUGCCGACUGUGUUUGGUAGAGGUAGAUCCAGAGCAACUGUCUUUGAUAAACACCAAUCAACAUCUUAUCGAAUCCAUUCUUUGUAUUACAAGCUUAGAGGUUGCUUCUAAUCCCAACAGUCUCGAAUACCUCUGCCGCAAGUGCCAAUCGGAACUGGAACAGUGCGUUCAGUUCCGCACGAUUUGUAUCCACAAUAAUGAUAUCUUCAAAGAAAUUGUCUUCGAACCAACCAUGGACAAAAGUCUAUCACCGGAUGGGUUAUUAUCGGUAGCAAUCAAGGUGGAAAAUUUUAAAGUAGAAAUAGACGACGAUGAAGAUCGAGUAGUUGACUCGCUCGCAGAGGUUGAGAAUGGUGAAGUUGAAGAAGAAAUCCAGAAAAUGUCCAAAAAGCCAAAGGAGCCCGUCAAACGGAAGAAACGAGAAUGUAAGACCGAUAAGGAUGUUCCCAAGAGCAAGGACAAAUACCGCAAGGUUCAGUGUCAGCAUUGUGGAGCAAUGGUUGCGCUGCACCAUCUCAAGGGUCAUCUUGAGACGCACAAUCCGAAUAGACGAAAACUGACGUGUCCACACUGUCCCAAGGAGUUCAUGUGUACGAAGUCGCGUAAGAUGCACAUCAAUGCCAUCCAUACGAAGGAGAUUGUGUACACCUGUGAUCAGUGCGGAAACGUCUACCCCUGGCCACACUCGCUCAAAGAUCACAUUCUGGCGGCACAUACUGAUGAAAAAAGGUUCGAAUGCAAACAAUGUGGCGAGCGGUUUUCUCGAUCGGCAUUGAGGAAUCAUCACGAGAAGAAGGUUCACUCAACGGCUCGGCCCUAUGCUUGCGAGUACUGCGAAAGGACAUAUAAGUUCAAGAGUGAUUUAACCGUUCACACCCGGAUUCAUACCGGCGAGAAACCGUUCAAGUGCGAUAUCUGUGGAAAAUGUUUCAACAAAAGCUACAAUGUGGUGAUUCACAAAAAGUCCCACCGAAAUGAUCCGACACCGGUGCCCGUAAAGAAUUGUUUCGAAAAGCUGAAGUACGAAAUUAGUGUAAAACUUUUAAUUUAUAUUUUAUAUUUUAAGGACCAAAUUACAGAACAGUCGCUGACAAUGGAAAUCCACAAAUGUGUGUGCCGACUAUGUUUGAUUGAGAUAGAUCCCGAAAAGGUGUUUUUGUUGAACAUCAAUCAACAUCUCAUCAAAUCUGUUCUUCUCAUUAUAGGCAUUGAGGUUGCUCAAAAUGCUAGUUACUAUGAAUACCUUUGCAUUCAGUGCAGAUCCGAACUGGAACAGUGCGUUCAGUUCCGCACAACUUGCAUUCAGAAUGAUGCGAUUUUUCGAAAAAUGUUCUUUGAAACAAACACUGAUGAAAAGCUUUCACCAGAUCCGGUUCACUUGGAAGGUAUCGAAAUGGAAUUCCUAAAAGUGGAGAUGGACGACGAUGCAUAUGAAGGGCAAUCAAAUUCAGAUCCCCAGGAUGAUCAAGCAGUCACGGACUUACCGGCAGAUGCUGAGAAUAACGAUACCCACGAAAAAUCCGACCAAGAGGUUGAAAAAGCGAAAAAGCCCCCGAAGAAAAAAAGGAAGACGCGCAAACGUAAAGCGGACGGGGAUGUUCCAAAAAUCAAGGCUCCCAGGUGUUCCCCAAAGGUGCAGUGUCAGCAGUGCGGCGCUAUGGUAGCACUUUCCCAUCUCAAGGGCCAUCUGGAGACCCACAACCCCAAUCGGCCUAGAAUGACGUGUCCGCACUGUCCCAAAGAGUUCAUAACUCGGAAGCUGUUCAAAGCGCACAUCAAUGCGAUCCAUACGCAGGAAAUAAAGUAUACAUGCGACAAGUGCGGGAAGGUUUAUCUCCGGUCGAACUCCCUCAGAGAGCACAUUCUAUCGACACACAGUGAUGAGAAGAGGUACCAAUGCAGAUUUUGUGACGAAAAGUUUGUCCGGACAGUGAUGAGGAAUCAUCACGAAAAGAGAGUACAUUCCACGCUUCGGCCGUACGCAUGCGAGUACUGUGAAAAGGCAUUCAAAUUCAGGAGUGAUCUGACCAUUCACACCAGGAUCCACACCGGCGAGAAACCAUUCGAGUGUGAUAUCUGCGGCAAACGUUUCAACAAAAGCUACAAUGUUGUGAUACACAAAAAGUCUCAUCGAAAUGAUCCGAGAUAAGACAGGCCACGGCGGGAAAUGGUAUUACCUUGCAUUAUGAAAACCUUGAGUAUUUCAUGGAAUCGUUGUUAAGUAUUAGAGGAAUAAAUGUGAUUUUCUGCUCUUGAUAGAAGUGGAAA